AUGGCUGAAGCAUACUCAACAAGUCUAUUCAACUCAUUUGAUAGUAAGAAUUUUAUUAUGAAUAUUGUUGUAGAUGAAGGCUAUGGAGUUAAGGGUCUUUCUGAGUUAGGUCUUCAGAAAAUUCCUAAGGAAUAUAUUCACCCUUCUGAAGAACACUUCACUACCAGCACCGUACUAUCUCAGGAGUCCAUACCUAUGAUCGACCUCUCGAAUUGGGACGACCCAAGGGUGGCAGAUAUGGUAUGCAAUGCAGCAGAGAAAUGGGGUUUCUUCCAGAUUGUCAAUCAUAGGAUACCAAUGCAAGUGUUUGAGAAUAUGAAAAAUGCAGUUCAUAAGUUCUUUGAAUUACCAUCUGGGGAGAAGAAGAAGUAUUCGAAAGAAGAAUUGAAGAAGACGAAUAAUGUUCGUUAUGGGACGAGCUUUAACCCUCAAGUGGAGAAGGCACUGGAGUGGAAAGAUUGGCUUAGCCUCUAUUAUGUUUCUGAUGAAGAGGCUGCUGCGUUAUGGCCUUCCAUUUGCAGGGAUGAAGCACUGGAAUACAUGAAGAAGACUGAACUUGUUAUCAAGAAACUGUUGGAGAUGUUAAUGAAAAGAUUGAACAUAACCAGUAUUGAUGAAACCAAUGAAUCCUUAUUAAUGGGUUCGAGGAGGAUUAACCUUAACUACUAUCCCAAAUGUCCAAACCCCGAUCUCACAGUCGGCGUAGGGCGCCACUCAGAUGCUUCAACACUGACCAUUCUCCUACAAGAUGAAAUUGGAGGGCUUUAUGUGAGAAAACUAGACACUGACUUUUGGAUCCAUGUCCCACCAAUUGAUGGAUCUCUCGUGAUCAACGUUGGUGAUGCACUUCAAAUUCUGAGCAACGGUCGAUACAAGAGCGUUGAGCACCGUGUGAUUGCUAAUGGGAAUAAUAAUAGGGUUUCAGUGCCAAUCUUUGUAAGCCCUAAACCUACUGCUGUCAUUGGUCCUCUGCCAGAAGUGUUACGAAGUGGGGAAAAACCAGUGUACAAACAGCUUCUCUAUUCAGAAUAUGCCACUCAUUUUUUCAACAAACCCCAUGAUGGCAAGAGAACUAUUGAAUUUGCAAAAAUACAAUGA